UUUGCUGGGAGCGGGGGCAGGGAUUGAGCCUUCAGGAGGAGUGUGGGAGCGCGUGGCGGGGGCGUGCUUCAGGCGGGGCUGCUGUUGCUGCUAUGGUAACGGGGCCAGUCCCCCACUGCUUUGACUGGGGUAGUCUGUCCAUGGCGCAGGCUCAUUACGGCUGCGGCUGAUGGCUGAAGGAGCGGCCGCCUUUCUCGUCACUUUUUAAACGAGUCGCAACCGUCAUGUUUCAGGCCCGUGAUCAGGACACGCGAGCCAGAGACAGUCAAACAAAAUAUAUUCAGAGCACUGUUGCAAAUGUGGAAAAGCACUUUGGUGAGAUCUGCACCUUAUUUGCAGCCUAUGUAAGGAAAACUGCAAGACUACGUGAUAAAUCUGACCUCCUGGUUAAAGAACUCCGAGAUUACUCUGAAACAGAAACGCCUAAUGUAAAAUAUGGUCUAAGUAGCUUUGCAGAUCACUUUGCUUUAAUUCAAGAUUAUCGACAUGCAGAGGUUGAAAGGCUAGAAGCCAAAGUUGUAGAACCUUUGAAGAAAUAUGGUUCCAUAACCAAGUUGAAAAAGGAAGACCUCAAAGUUGCUUCAGGUGCUAUAAGACGUGAAUCAAAGCAAAUUGCCCAUGUGGAGCGAAUGCGCCAGAGGAAUCCUUCUGACCGACAAAUAGUUACACAGGCUGAGUCUGAAUUACAGAGAGUCACAAUGGAUGCGACUCGAAUUUCCCGACAGCUGGAAGAAACCAUUGAUGAGUUUCAAGAAGAGAAAAUUAGGGAUAUUAAGAAAAUUUUUGGGGACUUCAUCACAAUUCAAAUGGCGUUCCAUGCAAAAGCUUUAGAGGUUUAUAGCAAAGCGUAUCAGCAUAUACAGAAUAUCGAUGAAGAAGCAGAUAUGGAGAUUUUCAGGAACACACUUCAUUUACAAGACAGCCAGCCUCGUCUAAGCAUAGUAUCUGCAAAUUCUAUGAAUACAAUGAAUGGAAUAGAUCCAGCUCUACGUAUGUCAGGAUCUUCUAAGCACUACAGUACAUUAUGCAAAAAAAAGAUGGAAGAGGAGGAGGAGGAGGAAGAAGAGGAGGAGGAGGAGGAUGAGGAGGAUGAUGAUGAGGAGGAAGAAGACUGAGAAUUAUAAUACUGCUGCACAAAUUAGUUUAAUAACUAGACUUAUUUCUGUGUAUGAUACAUUUAUAAUAUUCAUUAAUGUAAACCUGUCCAGCCUUGCAAGAAACUAGUUUUAUGCAUUUUACACUGCCAAAUACUUACUUUUCAUAUGUAUGCCAAAAUUUGUGGACAGUUGUCAUUUUUACUUUUACAGAGAGCUGUUUUCUGUAAGCACACUGUGUGAAAGUUCAUCAGGUUGUGCAACAUAAUUAAUGUUCAUAAUGCACAAUGUGCAAAUAUGUACAUUUCUAAAGCUGAUAUGCAUCGUGCAUAGCAAAGGUACUGGCAACUUUAACUGUACAAAAUUUGAUUGUACAUGUAGUACACACAAACAUGUUUUCUAUGUCUAUUGAUGAUGAAAGUAAGCACAUUGCUUUUUUUAUUAAAUCAAAUGGGUGGGAAAUUGCAGUCACCAUCAUUUAAAAUUUGUUUCUAGGACAUCAGCAUCAUUAAUGUUAAUAAUUUUACCUCUAAUUAUUCUGCGAAGGUGAUAUUCUUUAUAACAAACCAUUCAUUCAGCUUUAUAGACCUGCAUUAAAGUGCAGUUAAAAGUAAACUACAUCUCCAAGUACUGGUGUAAAGACCAAAUUGGAUAAAAAUUCCCUAAAAGAUUUCCCUUCCAUGACAGGAGUUUGUGGACCACUUAUUUUUCCAACCACCUAAUGGUUUGACACUUUUUAUCAAAACAAACAAAAAAAAAAGGAUUUUGAUUCAAUUCAAAGUGGCAAUCUGCCACUGGAAUAUAGGAUUUAGGAGCUCGGGGAGGUUACUUGGCUCUUUGAGCCCCUCAUCAUUCAAUAAGAUCAUAGCUGAUUUGGGUAUGGUCUCAACCUCUUUCCUGCCUGUGCUGUAACGUUCAAUCACUACUUUAGUAACUUAACUACUCUUAUCGUCAAUAUCUGGAUUAGUGGUGCUGGAAGAGCACAGCAGUUCAGGCAGCAUUCGAGCAGCAGUAAAAUUGACGUCUCGG